AUGGAAACCGACACACACAGGAACAACAAAAACAACAGCAGUAACACAACCAACUCACACACAAAGUGGCGACAGGAUAGUAAACCUCCUUCCCUGGCACCCUGGCCGACAGCGUUGUCCUGGCUGCCGGUGCACCUUCUCCCGCUGCUACUUCUGCUGCUGCUGCUACCUGGCCGCACAAAUGCCUUCUGCCCCUCGAAGUGCCAAUGCCUGGGCGGCGAUGCGAAUAGUCGCGCCCUGUGCGUGGAUGCGGCGUUGGAGGAUGUGCCCAUUCAGUUGAAUCCGGAAACAAAGUACAUAAACCUCACGCUGAAUCGCAUACGCAAUUUGGAGUUCACGCUGCCCUUCUACAUGAAGUUGGAGGUGCUGGAUCUCUCGCAAAACAUCAUCGAAACGCUGGGCUCCAAGAACUUUGAAUACCAGACGGAGCUGCGCACUCUGAACUUGAGCAGAAAUCUGGUCAGCGCCCUGCACAAGCACGCCUUCAAGGGACUAACGAAUAUACUGCUUCUGGAUCUUAGCUAUAAUCGUAUUGAGACAGUGCAUCCCACGGCACUGGGCGAUCUGGCGGCACUGGUGGAACUGGACUUUACCAACAACAAUAUUGUCAGCCUGGAGGACAACUGUUUCAAGGGCAUGUUGUCGCUGGAGGUGCUCGUCUUUCGCAACAAUCGACUGCUAGAUGUGCCCGCCAGCAAUCUGUGGCAUCUGCAUGCGCUCAAAAGCCUGGACAUGUCCGAUAAUCUGGUCGAGUACGUGCGAAACGAUAGCUUUGAAGGCCUCAAAGAGCUGCUGGCCCUAAGCGUGCGCGGUAACGUAAUGAGCGAGCUGGAUGUGGGCGCCUUUGAGGGACUCAUCUCGCUGAAGCAUUUGGAUCUAUCGGAUAACAAUUUGACGAUGGUACCCACCCAGCAGCUCUCGAAACUUUCAAAUCUCACUUAUUUGAACUUGGGCGGCAAUCGCUUUGCACACUUGCCCGCCGUCGCAUUUUUAAACUUGUUUCAUUUGCGCGAAUUGCACUUGAGCCGCCUGGACUAUUUGCAGCGCAUCGAUUCUAGAGCCUUCGUGGACAACACGCAUCUGCAGACGCUCCACCUGAACUUUAAUCCCCAACUGAGCGACAUACCCAUGCGCCUGUUCCAAGGCAAUCCCAACAUACUGGAGGUGUACAUGCAGAGCAACAGCUUGCAGACACUCUACUCGGCCCAGUUUCCGGUGGACCAGCUGCAGAAGCUAUACCUGGGCGACAAUCCGCUGCAGUGCAACUGCUCGCUGCUCUGGUUGUGGCGCCUCGUCACCGGCAACUUUGAAGGCUCUGAGCCGCCGCUGGAGCAUGCACCAGGCGGAGCUGUGGCCGCGCUGGCCAAAGAGGCAUCGCUUGUCAGAGAAGAGGACGACACGACGCUCAAGUCGGAUGACGGUGUAUCUGUCCUGGCGGCCUAUAUAGCUGAGCAGCACAUUGCGAAUGCGCUGCAAACCACCGAGCCGAGUGCGUACGAACAACGUUUGGAGGCGGCCGCUAGCUCCAGCUCGAGCAGCAGCUCAGGCUACCUGCGCAUGGAUAAGCAGCAGAUCGGCUGCGACAUCUGGCGAGACACAGUCCGCACGCGCCGCCAGCUGAUGACAAUGAGUGAGGGCGAAAUCACCUGUCCGGCGCACAUUGUGACCGUGGUGUGUGCGGUGAUCACCAGCCUCCUGGUGCUCAUGAUCGGCGUCAGUGUGCUCUACUAUAUGCGCUUUGUGAAGCGCCGGCGCAAGCUGCUGCACGAGCGUGGCCCGCUGCGGACCAGCAAGAGCAUCAUCAAUGUGCACGACCGCAUACUGCAGGGUCAUCAUCAGCCGCUGGGCAGUGGUGCGGGCAUGAGCAUGACGUUGGGCGGCUCCGGGCCUGGCGGCUUGGGCAUGGCCCUGAACUAUCCGCAUCAUGCCCAAACGCUCCAGGCGCAUCAUCACUACCAUCAGGCGAUGCCACUGCAGGCGCAUACCGGGGGCGGGCACCACGAGUAUCAGCAGACGACGCUGCCACAGCUGGACAAGCUGGAGCUUGAGCGCUAUCUGGCGGCACAGACCAUUGCCAACGAGUACCGAGCACUCAAGCCCUGGGAACUGCCCGUCAAGGAGGCAGACGAUGAGCCGGAGCAUCUAUACGAACGCUUUGAUCACUACGAGUACCCGGAUACACACACCAUGACCAAGCUGAAGCAGGCGGCCGCGCUUCAAGGCAGCGCUGUGGCGGCAGCCGCAUCCGCCGCUGGCGCUGGCGCCAAGCCACAUGUGGUCUACGUAUGACGUGGACGUGGCGGUGCUGGUGUUCAGAAGCAACAAAAGCAGCUGGACCUGGGCAUGGAACUGGUGGGCCUAGGUCUGACCAACAACAACUAUCGCAGCUAUGCGCAGUGCCAGACCAAGGACAGCGCUCACUUUUGAAAACAGGGAAAUUCGCAGCGGAUACGUGUGUGCACCACUCAAAAAUGAGGUUAGGUUUUGUGUUUAAGUGAGGUUAUGUUUAGAUGUCCUUAAUUUUUCAGUUUAGGUUCGAGUUUGAGUUGAAAACGUGAAUUUGAUAACUCGCAACAAAGUUUAACAAGCGUCAAAUGAAACAAGGGAUAUAUCUACGUGUAUAGCAGCAUACUAUAAUAUUAUUAGCAUUUAAAAUAUAUAUAUAUAUAUAUAUAUAUUGAAUAACUAAACCUAACAGAUAUGUCAUAUUAAGUACUAAGCUAACAUACAAAUUCAAAGAAAUAUUAAUAUUAGCGAUAGUUGAAAUUCUCUCUAUUUCUCACUCUCCCACAGCGAAAGUAAAGCUAAGCAAGAAAUCUCCACAGGGAGAAGCCCACUCAUAGUUAAAGGCAUUCAGCAUUCUAAUGAUAAAUAGAAUAUAGUUGUUAGGCGCAUUUAACAGAAUUUAAUAAACAUAAAUAGAGAGCGUAAGGAACGACAAUUGCAUUGCAAAGUGCAACAAAUAACUUAGUUAACUAUUUAUUCUUAAUUCUUAUUGUAUAUGCGACAUUUUUGAUAAAACUCUUAAGUUCCAAUUUAAUUUCAUAGCUUGACAAAGCAUUAGUUGUGCCAGUAACUAAAUAGAAUGUAUUUCAGUAUCGGCAACUGGUGCAAAACGGGGACCAAAAACAGUCCAUUUUUCAAUAUUCCGAUCCAGAAACAAAACGCACAUGAAUAUUAUGCCAGAAAUGCCAGACGAAAUUUAGUUACAUGCAGCAGCUAAUGCGGCACUCAAUUCUAGCAGAUUAUAUUCGAAAUUAAAAAAAUAUAUAUAUUAAAAAAAUAAACACAAAUAAGAUGACAAUA